CACGCCUUAGAGCCCUGGUUGUAACUCGUAAGCAAAAAAAACAGAUGCUGCUGAUGCAGGUAGACAGAGACUGUUGAGAAUAAUAAGGGGCGGUACUUUUAACUAUUUUUUAUUCCCUCCUCUCCGUGCUUCUUAACUUCCCGAGAUAAACCUUUUGCCUUUUAAUCCCAGUUUCUCUCCUGCAAAAGUGCCUCUUAGGAGUAGCAGCAUCAAAACCUGAGCACACUUUCCUACUGGACAGCGAAGCCCAUAUCUAAUCCAAUCUAAUCUUCGGCAAUUGACGCUCGGAGCCCUGAAAGCGCCGCGCCCGCCGCUCAAUGGCACCUCUGCCCGGUCACGGCUCGAUCUUACCGACGUUUGUCCUUUUUUCUUGACCGGUGUGAUAGAACAACCGAGUUAUGUAGCCGCGAGUAACGAGGCCGCACCGAUCCGCCAGACGAGGACUACUGAGGGAGGAUCUGACGAGGGGAGAGCGAACAUGACGCUCCUUUGCCAUGUCUAAGACAGCGGUGAAGAAGCUGCACUGGCGUUCCAAGGUGCAGGACAGCUUCGUCCCCUUGCUAGGCUCGUCGGGGGAGCUCGGGAUCGCCAUUGGAGGAGGAGCAGAUUAUGGAGAGUUUCCUUUUGUCACGUCAGCUCCGGGGGGCGGACUCAAAGUGGGUGAUAUCAUCCUAGAAAUUGGGGGAACACCUGUAUUAGGGUUGACAGUAGGAGAUGUCCGUGGUGUUCUCAACUCCUGCCCCCAUCCUAUCCACAUCAAAACUGUGUCAUCAGGCUCCACAUUGUGCAAGGAUCUCAGGUUGUAUCUGAGUAAGUGCUUCACACCCGGCUCAGUGGACAGCCAACUUCAGCAGGUCAUCCGGGAGAACCUCUACCUCCGCGCUGUACCUUGUACAACCAGACAGUCCAGAGAUGGGGAAAUCUCAGGGGUAGACUACAACUUUGUCUCCAUUGAGGAGUUCUUCUCCUUAGAGGAGUCAGGGGCACUGCUUGAGAGUGGCAAGUUCAAAGGGAAUUACUACGGCACGCCUCGGCCCGUUCACAUCAGCGCAGAGAGCCCCCCCAUCACCUACCAGGAACACCGCAACCUGCUCAGAAACUUCCGCACACGCAGCAAAUCGCUCAGCAACCUGGAGAAGGCUGCAGAAGACGGUGAAAACAGCGAGGACGACUCAGGAGGCUCUGCAGGUGUCAGCAGCGGCGUCCAUCCUAGCCACCGCUUCCCUGGUCGGCCAAGGGCAUCCAGCAGCGGCGGGGAUGGUUGUCCCAUAGAGAACGGGAUCAACGGCAGCAGAAGUGGUGCCAGGGUGAGAGCUGUGAUGCCUGAUCACUGGGAGCAGGCCUUCAGUGACCCAGGAGAGUCUCAUUACAUAGAUCGCAACCCAAAGAGGACCAGCUGGCAGAGUCCUCGAGCCUCAAGCAGGGAGACAGUCUACAAAAAUGAAUGGUUCACAGAUCAACCCGGGGAGCUCCGGGGUUUCCCUGUGCACACACAGCUGACCAAGGGCUCCAGAGGGUUCGGUUUCAACAUCGUGGGGGGCAGCAGGCCAAGAGAGUUCCUCCAGGUCUACAGUGUGACUGCAAGUGGACCUUCGGCACUCAAGACAGCGGACAUCCUAGUGUACAUCAAUGACGUUUGUGUGCUGGGAGUGUCUCACAAAGAGGUGGUAGAGAUGCUCAAGUCGGUGCCUGUGAGCGUCAGCGUGGACGUAGAGGUUAGAAGAGGGUAUCCCAUGCUCUACAACCCAGACGGUUGUCCCAAGCAGCCUCCGCCGAGGCUACUGGACAGCGGGGACCCCGCCCUGCCACCCACCACCACCCAGCCUCAGCCUCUUCACCAGCUACCUCGCCUCCCCACACCCACUCCCCAGGCCCAGCACUUUAACUUUAACGGGGUCCACAGUGACGGGAAGUACAUGGAACCGGGGGUGACUCUAGAUGCUAAUGGAAAUGCACAGUCGUUCGCUGUCAGACAGCCGCCCUCAUACAGACGCUCCAGCAUCAGCAAUGCUGUCUCUUCGUCCCCCGUGCGCCCGCCUCGUUCCCUGAGAAGUUUAGCCAGGCUGCAGUCACUCGACCCAACCCUGGCCAGCCAGAGUGACAGUGAAGUUGUUUCUGCCAUUGGUUCACACAGGGCAUCAAUGAUUCGUAAUCACAACAAUAACUCCCUCUCGACACCCCCCCAUCCUUUACAUUACGGCACAUCCAAGUCGUCUGAGAGCGACCUGUCCACCUGCACCCUGUCAGGGUCCCGGCUGCCGCUGCCUCAGUCACCCAGGAGGCCAUCUUCCUCCCCCGGUGGCCCCCGCAGCACUCACUCCCAACUCUUCAGACCGCAGACCUCCCAGCUCAGGCCUCCUCACACCCCUGACGCUCCCCAGCACCGCAGCUUCAACGGUUUCCACGGUAACACCAGCCCCACUGCCAGUCCCAGCAGCGUGUCCUCUCCUGGGGCGAUGAGUGUGGGCAGUGGAGUUGGCAGCGGAGGAGAGCUGGUGCCAGUGGCCUUGGCCCAGAGUGAAGGAGACAGAGGCCUCGGCUUCAGCUUGACAGCUGGCGGUGUGGGAGGCAGGAUGACCAUAGUGAAAAGAGUCUGGGACAGGAGGCAGUGCAACUCUCUGCAGCCAGGGGAUGCUAUUGUCAAAAUCAAUGGAGCUGAUGUCCAGAGUCUCAGCUUUGCACAGGUACAAACAGUUCUCCAAGAACACACCAAACAGGGAGAAGUCAUUUUACUGGUUUACAGAGGAGGCAUCUUUCAUUCAACCAUCUCCCCCGGCUCUACCCGGAGACUCCCUCCACCUCUUCUCCGCCCCCCUCCUCCUCCUGUCGGCUCAGAGGACUCCACUUUGCUCCCAGAAGCACUGCCUAUGCCCCGUACUUGCAUCAGCACUCCUCCCUCCCCGGCCCCAACACGUUCCUCGCUGAUCCAGAGCACCAGUUUCUUGGAGUCGAUUCCAGUGACCCUGACGAUGGAACCCAAAGACUGGAUCAACACGGGCCUGGAGGAUGAGGCGGGUGGUGUCACAGUGCCUGAUUCAGGUCUGGAGAGGCAGGGUGGUGAACAAAUUCGGCUACUGCGAGGGUUUGAUGUGGAGCUCAAGAGAAAGCCAGGAGAGGGCUUUGGGUUUGUCAUUGCCUCACAGGAUGUGGAGAAUGGCAAAGCCGCUUCUCUUCUCCCUCACCGGUUUGUGACGGUCCGUCGAGGCAGCCCAGCAGCCAAGAGUGGGCAGAUCCGGCCUGGAGAUCGAUUGGAGGCGGUAGAGGGACGCUCAGUAGUGACGCUGCCUCAUCGGGAGCUGGCUCAGAUACUUCGCCGAGUGGGAAAUACUCUACGGCUCACCAUUGUUCCCCGUCCAAGCACCUAUUCAUCAAGCCUUUCAGAAACGACCGAAUAUGAUCCCGGUCACAGAAGCAGAAAAGGUCAGAGGUCACGCCCAAAGCAUGACUCCAGGUAUUACAGUGUAGACCUGGAUCGUGGCCCCUCAGGCUUUGGCUUCAGCCUCCGGGGGGGCAGUGAAUACAACAUGGGCCUCUAUGUCCUGGGACUGAUGGAGGGGGGACCAGCCUCACGGAGCCAGAAAAUUCAGGUGAGCGAUCAGCUUGUGGAGAUCAAUGGGGACAGUACCACAGGGAUGACGCACAGCCAGGCCGUCGAGCAGAUCCGCAGGGGAGGCCACCGCAUCCACCUGGUCCUCAAGAGAGGAAACGGCUACGUGCCUGACUAUGGCCGUGAGCGCAGAAUCACCUCCCCCUCCCUCCUGCAUCACACCAAGGAGCAGGGUUUGGCUGCAGUAGGCUCCAGUGGGCGGAGGGGGCGCAGCUCCAAGCAGAGGAAGAGAAGCAGGUCUUCAAAUGGACGUGAGAAAGGAAAAGGGACUGGAAGUAGAGGAAGAAGACAGGCCUCAGAGGGAGGGGGACGCUCGGGUUUGCAAAGCCCCAUCUCUGAGCAGGGGGAGAGGUCUCGAGAAGUCAGGGACAGGAGGAGGAGGAGGAGAAAAGGGUCUCAGAGUUUACCCAGAGAUGCCCUCAGGAAUUUUGAUGAUAGUGACACAGAAAAAGGAACAGUCAGGGGAAGAAAAAUGGAGAGGGAGAGGAGGAGGAGCAGAGGUCGAGAGAGAAAGGAGAGGGUGGGGAUGGCAGAGGGGGAGGAGGAGCCUGAGCAAGAGCAGGAGGUACCUGUUGUAAAGGGGAGGGUGGAAAAAAGUGACAAGGAGGUGGAGGAAAAAGUGAAUUUAGAGAGAGGAGAGAGCGGAGAGAAUAUUAUCCUACCCAUUCCAAGUCCAGAUCAAAAGCUUCCCAGACCCAAACAAAACUGGGAGGCGUCUUAUGAUGAAAACUGGGACAUGGCAGCAGAGUACAGGGGACUGAGGAGAGAGAAGGAGCUGGAGAGCGAGCAGGAGCGGCAGAGGUCAUGGGUUGAUGACAGGGCUGAAAAUAAAGAGACAGAGCUGAAGGAGGAUGAGAAAGACGAUGAUGCACAGAGCGGGCACAUCAAAAGGCCUUUACCAAGUGUUGCUGCGAUAGAGCCAGGGUCACAGAGAAAGCCCUUCUCCUUCCUCACCUCCACACUGUCCGCAGAGCAGCUGGGAGACGAUGAGUCAGAGUCUGGAGGCAGCCAAUCGGAUGGAAGCGCGUCUGCUGCCAGUAUCUCCGGCCUCUCCGUGGCCGCCACAGGAGCAGAAGGGUGCAGGGCCGCUGUGCAGCCAGGCCCUUGGCUCACACCCAGCCAACAGAGGUUGGCACAGGUCGUAGAGGGGAACAGGCACCCCGAAAGGCAGACGGGGCAGGGGGGAGGAAGAAGCGCUGUCUCAUAACUUUUGACAGGAAGAAGAGCAUGCAGCAGCUGAAUGAUACUGUAUCAGAUUCUGUCCAUCUUACACUGUUAGACCUUGACUUGUUUUCUGCAGCUACCCACACUAACAACAUUUUCUCUCAGUCACUUUGAUAUCUACAGUAGUAUGAAGUCAUAUUCUUUGUGCCUUUUUACAGCUGACCUCUGGCUGAUGUUCAAUGUCAAUAUCACAUUUUAACUCGUAAACGACACCAACAUGGUGAAGUUAUGUCUUCUUCGCUGGUGAAACAACAGCUACAUUGUCUUUUUUGAGGCACUGUUGCCAUCUUUAUGUCGCACUCCUCUCUUUACGUUUUGCAGCAUUUAUGAUGGAUACUUCUGGGACAACAAGGUAUUUCAGACACCUUUGUCUAACCUACUUCCUAUCUCUCACUCACCUUUCUCUUAGCCCCCCCCCCACUGUACAAAGACUUAUACCUCAUUAAGAUACUGAGCAAUAAUAAUGCAACAGUCCAAGACUAUCAGCCAUUCAUAUCCACUGCACCACGUCGAUCUGGUCUGAGAGGAAACAGUGUAACAUGUUUGUACAGUAUCCUCUUUGUCUUAUGUGGACGCCUGCCUCAACUUGUGAUGUUGUUCUAUAUAACUGAAUAUAUGAUUGUGAUAAUGCGAAUCCCUUUUGACAGCAGGUGUGAAAUCUAUAUUCUGUAAAUAUUUAUAGAGAAAUUAAAUGACAGAGCCUCUUGUAAAUACUAUACUAACCGGAGCCAAGCCCUUAUUUGUAUUACCGUAUUGUAAUACAUCAUGAUAAGUCUAUAUAUAUGAAUAUAUGCAGCGUAUCUAUAUAAUACAUACAACAGCUACACAUUCAUAUUAUUUAUUAUUGUGUGAUGAGAAAUAACAUGAAAAUUGCUAGGUAGCUUUUGUGAAGGCUCAAAAUGUAAACAGAUUGAGAACUAUAUUGUACCUGCCCUAUUCAUAAAUGAAUGUUUUGUAAUAUGCUGCUUGAGUGUGGAUUAGGAUGCUCUGUGUCGUACCCUACUUCAGAAGUCAGCAAAAGAUGCCAAAAAUAUGCAUUCGGCGUGCAUAUUUCAAGUACUGUUAAUGUUGUGUAUGUGCGGUCAGAACAAAUCCACUGUCUAGAUUCUAGAGAGUGCUGUGCCCAUCGUGCCACGUACAGUUGCCUUGGUAACAUAAACCACUUUAUCCUAACCACUGAUUUUUCUUACUGUGAAAACCCUUGCU